AUGAACUCCGAUUAUUUUUUUUGUGAAGGUGAAAUUCAGCCAGAUCUUGCUAAACGCCUACAACAUAUAGCUACGACAGGUUUACCAAAAGAUAUCCGUAAGGAGCUCGUAGACAAACAUUUACAUCUAGUAAACUGUAUCUUAAUUGAAGCACCCACCCUCAACCCGGAGGUGGUAGCUGCCAUUCCAGAAGCUGUUCAUAAAAGAGAACGACAGGCUGAGAGGCAUUCAGAGGACGAAGGAGCCUGCCAACAAGGAUCGCCCCGACAAAUCAACGAAGCAGUCGUCGCGUCCAGCACAGCAUCGCAACCGCCAUUAGAUACGGUAAAAAAUGCGGAUUAUUUAUUAAAAGUUAAAAGUGUUAACUUAUCAGAAAAAUCGGAAUCAUCGACUAUAGCUAAAAAUGGCAGUUAUCCUAUUCCUAUAAAAUUACCGGAUAUUAAACUACCCGUUUUUUCUGGUAAGUACACGGAAUGGCCGACCAAGGAUAAAUAUACUCAGGUAUUAUUAGCUACUGCAUUAGUCAGGGUCCAAACUAAAAAUGGAAGCUACCAACUGCUGAGAGCUUUGCUCGACCAGGGGUCACAGGCCUCAUUUAUAACAGAAUCAGCAGUACAGUUACUUGAAGUCAAGAAAACUUUUGUAAAGAGUUCGGUGUGUGGAUUGGGUGGUAAUGUUAGUGUGUUGACCUCAAAGGCUGUAGUCAAUAUAGCUAUAUCAUCAAUCCAUGACACUGAAACUGUAAUUGAAUUGGGUGCUCAUGUUUUGAGCAGAUUAACAUCGUUUUUACAAAUCAAACCAAUAGUCAUGAAUAACUGGCCUGAACUUAAAAAGUUGAAGUUUGCAGAUCCAAAUUACCACACUCCUGGUAAAAUCGAUAUUUUAUUGGGGAGUGAUGUCUAUGGAAAAAUAAUAGAGGAAGGUCUCCUUCGUAGCCCUUAUGGCACCACCAUAGCACAGAAGACUAAUUUGGGUUGGGUACUGUCAGGUCAAGUUAUUUCACCUACCACUCACAGUAUAUUUGUGAAUUUACAUACACAAAUGAGCGAUGAUGAACUUCUCAAGAAGUUUUGGGAACUAGAAGCAGAACCUACCGAUAAAAUAAAUCAACGCUUAACACCAGAGGAACGAAAAUGUGAAGAUUUGUUUGCGACCACAACAAAAAGAGACUGUAAAGGACGAUAUAUAGUAAGAUUGCCUUUUACAAAAGAAACCCCAGCAUCAAAAUAUGGAAAUUUAAGAGAAAUAGCUGUGCGCAGGUUUUAUGGACAAGAAAAAGGAUUAAUCAGAAAUAGAGAUUUGAAAAAACAAUAUGAUGACACUAUUGAAGAAUACUUGCAAUUAGGUCAUAUGGAACAAAUCAAAUUUAAUAAAAAUACAGAAGCUGUUUACUUGCCACAUCAUGCAGUGAUUCGUGAAGAUAAGGCUACAACAAAAGUGAGAGUAGUCUUUGAUGCAUCAUGUAAGGGUGAGAAUGGCAUUUCUCUUAAUGACGAUCUCAUGAUAGGACCACGUCUACAACCAGAUCUACGACAUUUAAUUAUGAAAUUUCGCCUAGGUCCAAUUUGCCUUGUCGCGGAUAUUGUGAAGAUGUACAGAAUGGUUAAAGUAGCUCAACAGGAUGUGGACUAUCAAAGACUCGUUUGGCACAGAAAUCCAGAGGAUGACUUAAAAGAUUACAGACUUCUUCGCGUUACCUUUGGCACAUCCGCAGCUCCCUAUCUAGCAGUCAAAACAUUACAGCAAUUGGCUUUGGAUGAAGGUACACAAUUUCCUUUUGCUGCUAAAAGAGUUUUGGAGGAUUUUUACGUCGAUGACCUUAUGACCACUUGUGACACGUCUAAUGAAGCAAUAUUUCUGUACAAGGAAUUAAAUAAUUUGAUGAUGAGAGGCGGCUUUAAGCUACAAAAAUGGUCAAGUAAUAGCAAAUUAGUUAUGAAAAUUUUGAGCAAAAAUGAAAAAAGGAAAGAAUCUAUGGAAAUGAUAACCGACCAUAUAACAAAGGUUUUAGGGCUGACUUGGAAUAGAUCAACAGAUAAAUUCGUAUAUUCAGUACAUCUAGAAGAACAAAUUAUUCCAGUUACUAAACGACGUGUGAUUUCGGAUAUAUCUAAGCUUUAUGAUCUACUUGGAUGGAUUUCGCCGUGUAUUAUACCAGCAAAAAUUUUAAUCCAAAAAUUGUGGAUGUCAGGUAUCUCGUGGGACGAGGAGUUACCAUCUUCGUUGAAAUAG